AGGGCGCUCUAGACAGUUGGUGGUGUUGCUGCUGUAUUGGGAGUACACUGCAGUAAAGGGGCGCUCUAGAGAGUUGGUGUUGCUGCAUUGGGUGUACAGUAGAGGGUGCUCUAGAGAGUUGGUGUUGCUGCAUUGGGUGUACAGUAGAGGGUGCUCUAGAGAGUUGGUGUUGCUGCAUUGGGUGUACAGUAGAGGGUGCUCUAGACAGUUGGUGUUGCUGCUGUAUUGAGUCUACACUGUACAGUAGAGGGCGCUCUAGACAGUUGGUGUUGCUGCUGUAUUGGGUGUACAGUAGAGGGCGCUCUAGACAGUUGGUGUUGCUGUUGUAUUGGGUGUGCAGUAGAGGGUGCUCUAGAAAGUUGGUGUAGUUGCUGCUGUACUGAGUGUACACUGUACAGUAGAGGGCACUUUAGACAGUUGGUGUUGAUGUAGUAUUGGGUGUACAGUAGAGGGCGCUCUAGAGAGUUGGUGUUGCUGCUGUAUUGAGUGUACACUGUACAGUAGAGGGCGCUCUAGAAAGUUGGUGGUGUUGCUGCUGUAUUGAGUGUACACUGCAGUAAAGGGUGCUCUAGAGAGUUGGUAUUGCUGCAUUGGGUGUACAGCAGAGGGCGCUCUAGACAGUUGGUGUUGAUGUAGUAUUGGGUGUACAGUAGAGGGCGCUCUAGACAGUUGGUGUUGCUGCUGUAUUGAGUGUACACUGUACAGUAGAGGGCGCUCUAGAAAGUUGGUGGUGUUGCUGCUGUAUUGGGUAUACACUGCAGUAAAGGGCGCUCUAGAGAGUUGGUGUUGCUGCAUUGGGUGUACAGUAGAGGGCGCUCUAGACAGUUGGUGUUGCUGCUGUAUUGAGUGUACACUGUACAGUAGAGGGCGCUCUAGAAAGUUGGUGGUGUUGCUGCUGUAUUGGGGAUCUGACUGAUGAUAGCAGUGACAGAUCAGUGUCAUGGUGACGUGGGCUCUGGUUGAUUUCUAUUGGUCUUGUGGGAUUAGACAAGCAAUCCGCUAUGCAGUGGAGCAGGACUACAAGCCCCAGCAUUCUCAUCAGUGCUACUGAGAAACAAGGGGAUCAGGUUCCGAUCAGGUUUGAGGAUGUGGCGGUGUACUUCUCAGCAGGGGAGUGGGGGACAUUGGGCAUAAUGGAGAGGCUGCUGUAUAUGGACGUCAUGCUGGAGAAUUACUACAACCUCUUCUCUAUGGGUUUUGUCUAUGAAAAACCUGAAAUCAUCUCCAGAAUACAGAAAUGUCGAGACCGUAGUCACACAGCAGAUCUGGAACCCAUUACAGUGACACAGGAACAGGAUUAUUUUUCAGGGACCGAUGUGUCGACUAGAUAUUGGCGUGUUAAUGGAUCUGUGUUCGGAAAGCAGGAACUUCUACUACAAGAGCAAACGUGCAAUGGAGUUGAGCAGCCGAUUUGUCAUUUAGAAGACUCUACGAGACAAGACGUAAUAGACCAAAGUUGCUGUAAUGGUAAUAGGCCUUUAGUUCAGACACACAGUGGACAGUCCCUAGGAAAGAACUUGAUUGGGGCUGAACGGGUGGUGGUGUGUAAAUCCCACCUCACUGAGAGACAAUACACAUGUACAAACUGCGGAAAAUGCUUCAACCGCAGUUCACACCUAUUAAGACACCGGAGAAUCCAUGCAGUUCAUAGAAUCAUGCCAAGCUGUUUGGUAAACCAAUGUAUUAGUAAAACGGGAAGAAAGGGCCAGAGCGAGCAGAUCAUCUUGCACCCCUUCCCUAAGGACAUCACGAGGAUAAAAGAAUGGCUGCAGCAGACCGGGCAGAUCUUCAAGGACGUAAAAGCUUUGGCCCAGUUGAUUCUGGAUGGAAACAAGCAAAACAAAUAUCGCCUGUGCUCCUGCCACUUUACCCUCGAUUCAUAUAUAUUCAACAAACAUGGAAGAUCUUUGAAAGUAGACGCCGUCCCUUCUAUUUUCCCCGUUGUCAAAGAAGGAGAAUGUAUAAUUGCGGAAAAUCUGAAAAAGAACCGAAUAAAGAGAGUAAGGAAACGAUUGGAUGCGGCCGGUCUAACCAACCCUAGGAACGAGAGAUUUCUAGGCAAAGACGACCAGCUGUUGGAUAAAAACGGGCAAAACCAAUACGGGCUAUGCCCAUGCCACUUCGCCCGGGACCAGUACAUUAUCAACAGUCAUGGACGACCUUUGGAAGUCAAUACCGUAUCUUCGAUUAUUCCCGUUGUCAAAGAAGAAGAAUGUUUUAUCCGGGAAAAUAUCAUAAAAAACUGUUUAGAAAAAAUGAAGAGUCCUUAUGGUAUGGCCGCUCUGACCACCUUGAGUAAUGGAGGACUAACAGCCGAAGAGGAAGAAGCACUUCGGGGUAUACAAUGGAGAAAAAUUGGGUUUUGCAGCAUGGGAACGCAGACCGAUCAUACGAUAUCGAACUCCGUUCUGGUUUUCCAAAGAAAACAAACAGUGGGAUCUGGUGAUCUGGACAGACCGUGUGCACCCGAUGCUGCGGUUGCAGAGUCUUUGGGUCUGAUAUCUAAGCUGAAGGUUGAGAUGGAGUCCUUGCUAGAAGAGGUUCCGAUCAGGUUUGAGGAUGUGGCGGUGUACUUCUCAGCAGGGGAGUGGGGGACAUUGGGCAUAAUGGAGAGGCUGCUGUAUAUGGACGUCAUGCUGGAGAAUUACUACAACCUCUUCUCUAUGGGUUUUAUCUAUGAAAAACCUGAAAUCAUCUCCAGAAUGGAAAAAGGUCUAGAUCUUUGUCAUACAGAAGAAAUCGUCUACAGAACAGAGAAACAUGAAGAGCACUGUCAUACUGCAGGUCUGCAGCCCAUCACAGUGAAACAGGAACCAGAGCCCGAUGUGUCCACUAGAUAUUGGACAGUGGAAAGUUCUGUGUGUGGUGAACAGGAACUUCUGUUACAAGACCAAAUGUGCAAUGGCGAUGAGCAGCCGGUCUAUCGUUCAGAAGACUUUACAAAACAAAAUUACUAUAAUGGUAAUAAGUCUUUAGUUCAGACACACAGUGGACAGUCUCAUGGAAAGACAUGGACUGGGUCUGAACUCACGGCGGACUGUAAAUCCCACCUCACCGAGAGACAUUACACAUGUACAGACUGCGGAAGAUGUUUCAACCGCAGUUCAAAUCUCAUAAGGCACAAGAGAAUCCAUGCAGUGGAAAGGCCGUAUUUCUGUGGUAAAUGUGGGACUCUUAUAGAUAACUCCCUGCUUCUUAUACAUAGAAAGACCUACAAUGGUAAGAAGCCCUAUAUCUGUAGCAACUGUGGUUCAUAUGUAGUUUGCACCUUGUAAGACAACAGUGGUGACACGUGUAGCAAAUGUCAGAAAGGUUUUUCCUCAGAGCUAGAAUCUUCUUCCUCACUUAAGUGGAAAAAAAAUGGCAGAUGUAAAAUUGGAUCCUUAGUCCGGCGCAGCGCAGUAGAAGAAGAGUCCGUAAUGCAGGGGUUAACUUCAUAUGGUUUAUUGAAAACACAAUCGCAACGCGUUUCUUGCCCGUACAGGGCACUUCCUCAGGCUAUGUGUAUACAGGCAUGGCAAACAGCUCAGUUUAAAUAAACAUGGCAAAACUUCUAAAGGUUACGUCA